AUGUUUCUUCUCUUCUCUCUUUUUUUUUAUAGCUAUGUACCUGACUGGAUAUAUCUAUUUAUCUGCAUAUAUAAAACACAAUAUCUAUCUAUCUAUCUAUCUAUCUAUCUAUCUAUCUAUCUAUCUAUCUAUCUAUCUAUAUAUUUGCUAGUUGGUGUCCAUCUAUCAAUCUGUCCAUCUAUGUAUCUAUCUAUUAUCUAUCUAUCUAUCUAUCUAUCUAUCUAUCUAUCUAUCUGCCUGUCAAUAUCUAUCUAUCUAUAUAUUUAUCUAUCUGCCUGUCGGUAUCAAUCUAUCUAUCCGAUUAUAAGUAUCUAUCUAUCUGCCCAUCAGUAUCUAUCCAUCAAUAUGUAUGUAUCUAUCUGUCAGUAUUUAUCUAUAUAUAUAUGUCCAUGUAUCUAUCUGCCUGUCAGUAUCUAUCUAUCUGUAUCUAAGUAUCUAUUUGCCUUAUCUAUCUAUCUGCCUGUCAGUAUCAAUAUCUAUCUAGGCUUUGAUCUGUCUGUUAGUAUCUAUCCUUAUAUAUGUCCAUGUAUCUAUCUGCCUGACAGUAAAUACUUAUCUAUCAAUCUAUCUAUCAAUCUAUCUAUCUGCCUGCCAGUAUCUAUCUAUCUAUCUAUCUAUCUAUCUAUCUAUCUAUCUAUCUAUCUAACAAUUUGCCUUAUCUAUCUAUCUAUCUAUCUAUCUAUCUAUCUAUCUAUCUAUCUAUCUAUCUAUCUGUUAGUAUCAAUCUAUCUAUCUAAUUAUCAUUUAUAUAUCUAUCUGCCCAUCAGUAUCUAUCUAUCUAUCUAUCUAUCUAUCUAUCUAUCUAUCUAUCUAUCUAUCUAUCUUUAUAUUUACCUACCUAUUUACCAGUGUUUAUCUAUAUGCAUAUCAUUAUCUAUCAUUAUUUAUCUAUCUGAUUACCAUAUCUAUCUAUCUAUCUAUCUAUCUAUCUAUCUAUCUAUCUAUCUAUCUAUCUAUCUAUCUUUAUAUUUACCUAUCAGUAUCUAUUUUAUUGAUACUGGCAUCUCUCUGCCUAUCAUUAUCUCUCUAUCUAUAUAUCUAUGUAUCUAUCUAUCUAUCUAUCAGUAUCUAUAUAUGUAUGUAUGUAUCUAUCUACCCAUCUCCCUGUUAGUAUCUAAGUAUCUAUCUAUCUAUCUAUCAAUCUAUCUAUCUAUAUCUCUAUGUAUCUAUCUGCUUCAUAUCAGUAUGUAUCUAUCUAUCUAUCUAUCUAUCUAUCUAUCUAUCUAUCUAUCUAUCUAUCUAUCUACUGAUUUGCCAGUGUCUAUCUAUCUGCAUAUCAUAUCUAUCUAUCUAUCUAUCUAUCUAUCUAUCUAUCUCCCUUUCAGUAUCAAUUCUCCUGUUCAUCUUUGA